UUCUGUACAGUUUUUUUUGUUAGAGAUUAGGCAUGUCAAGAAUUGAAAUGUGAGGGAUAGCUUUAUUGAAGAGACGAAAGUAGUUAACAAGAAACGUUACUUCAGUUUCCAUUAACGUUUGUAAGCUAAGACAAAUACGCUGAAAGCUUCGUUCGCGACUUAAUAGCGUCGUCGAAGCCGGAUCAUCCCGUACUGCCACUUAGCCUCACCCGAAACCCGCACUUUUCUGUCUGCACCAUAAUUUCCGAUCAAUCAAUUAGAAAUCGCGAAAAUCAAAUCCCUCAAGUUUAAGCUAUCAAUUGAUUGAUAAUUAUUCGAUUAGGAAUUAUCGAGAAUAUAAGAGGAAAAAAAUGCCUCCGAAGCAGCAAUCAAAAGCGGAUUUGGCGAAGAAGCAGAAGGUAGUCGAGGACAAGACUUUUGGAUUGAAGAACAAGAAUAAGUCCAAGAAUGUUCAGAAAUACGUUCAAUCCCUCAAACAAUCCGUCCAGCCCAGGCCUGACUCUAGCAAAAUCGACGCCAAGAAGAAGAAAGAGGAGGAGAGGGCAAAAGAGAAGGAGCUCAAUGAACUGUUUAAAGUUGCAGUGAGUCAACCCAAAGUUCCUCCUGGUGUUGAUCCGAAGUCAAUAUUGUGCGAGUUCUACAAAGCUGGUCAAUGUGCCAAGGGUUUUAAGUGCAAGUUCUCUCACGAUUUGAAUGUUCAGAGGAAAGGAGAGAAGAUUGAUAUUUAUAGUGAUAAGCGCGAUGAAGAGAAUGAAAAGGAAACAAUGGAGGACUGGGAUCAAGAGACGUUGGAGAAGGUUGUUCAGUCCAAGAGCCAGGAGUACAACAAGAAUAAGCCUACCGACAUAGUAUGUAAAUACUUUUUGGAAGCAGUGGAAAAAAAACAGUACGGUUGGUUUUGGGUCUGCCCAAAUGGCGGUAAAGAUUGCCAUUACAGGCAUGCACUUCCUCCUGGUUAUGUUCUAAAAUCUCAGAUGAAGGCUCUGAUAGAGGAAGAAGCUGACAAGAUACCCAUAGAGGAAGAGAUAGAAAACCAGCGUGCAAAGAUAACUGCUUCAACUCCUAUGACUCCAGAGUUAUUCAUGCAAUGGAAGAAGAGAAAGGUGGAAGAGCGAGAAGCUGGAUUGGCAGCACUGUGGGCAGAGAGAGCUAAGAAUGACCGUAUGAGUGGGCGUGAGCUAUUUUUGUCAGAUGCUAGCUUGUUUGUUGAUGAUGCUGAGGCCUAUGACAAAUACCAAAGAGAAGAAGAACCAGAUGCAGAGCAAAAGGUUGAUAAAGGUUCCUCCAUGUACGUGGCAAGUUCUUCCACUGCCACUACUCGUGAUAUCAAUGACGUUGACGACGACGACGACGAUCUCAAUAUGGACGAGCUAAAUGAACUGGAAGCUAGCCUUUCAAAAACAACGUUACAAAUCAGAGAACCAGGUGAUGUGUGAUGAGAGUAAAAAUAGAGUACACGCUUCAAUCCCAUUUCUUACUCAGGAAGCUGUUUAUGGAUAUUCUCAGCUCCGGUCAGGUUACCCUCGGAAGGGUAAGAGUAAUGGCUCCUGUUGUCAACUGAUGGUAUUGAUAGUAAAUUUUUUAGUCAUUGAUCAUUCCGAUCUUUUGUAGUCGGUUCAAUUUGAGCCAAUUUUCGCUAGUUAUUGAAGUUAAGAAGAGUCUUGGACAUGAUUGUUUAGCAGUCUUAUGGGUAUGGGUGUUUCCUUUUGUUUAAGUGGUUUGUCAACGAUUUUUGAGGAUAUUUGCAUCUAUAUGUCUCGGUUAACAAGAUUAAUAAUGAAUGACAUAACAUUACAUCUAA